CUUCUCUCCUCUUCUCCUCCUUCUCUUCUUCCCUCUCUCGACGUUUACCUUCUCGUGCUUCUCAUACCCUUUUUCGUUCGCACUUCUCCCACUCCAUCACCAUGUCCGAGAUAACUCACCCCACUAUCAAGGAUGGCUGGUUCUCCGAGCAGUCCAGCAUGUGGCCUGGUCAGGCCAUGAACCUCAAGGUCAACCAGAUCCUGCACCACGAGAAGUCCAAGUACCAGGAUGUCCUCAUCUUCGAGAGCAGUGACUACGGCACUGUCCUCGUCCUGGACAAUGUCAUCCAGUGCACUGAGCGCGAUGAGUUCUCCUACCAGGAGAUGAUCACCCACCUCGCCAUGAACUCUCACCCCAACCCCAAGAAGGUCCUGGUCAUCGGUGGUGGAGAUGGCGGUGUCCUCCGUGAGGUCGUCAAGCACGAGACCGUCGAGGAGGCCAUUCUGUGCGAUAUCGAUGAGGCCGUCAUCCGUCUCUCUAAGAAGUACCUCCCCGGCAUGAGCAUCGGCUUCCAGCACCCUAACGUCAAGACCCACGUCGGUGAUGGCUUCGAGUUCCUCAAGAACCACAAGAACGAGUUCGACGUCAUCAUCACUGACAGCUCCGACCCUGAGGGUCCUGCCGAGAGCCUCUUCCAGAAGCCCUACUUUGAGCUCCUGCGCGAUGCGCUCCGUGAGGGAGGUGUCAUCACCACACAAGCCGAGAACCAAUGGCUGCACCUUUCUCUGAUCACCGACCUCAAGAAGGCCUGCAAGGAGGUCUUCCCCGUCGCCGAAUACGCCUACACCACCAUCCCCACCUACCCCUCCGGCCAGAUUGGCUUCAUGGUCUGCUGCAAGGACGCUACCCGCAACGUUCGCGAGCCCGUCCGCAAGUGGUCUGCCGAGGAGGAGGAGCGUCUCUGCCGCUAUUACAACCAGGAUAUCCACCGGGCUAGCUUCGUUCUGCCCAACUUUGCCCGUAAGGCUCUGAACAACUAGAUUGAUAUUGGUCCUUUGCACCCUUUGAAUGAAAUCUGUUUGGGGCGGACGCUGUUUUCCAUCUAGAGGCGCCAUGGUGGCGGAUAAUCGAUGAUGAUUUGAUGAUGAUGAAUACAACAAGGGUUUUUUCUCUUUGUUCUUCUUUGUCUUUAUUACAUUUUCCCUCCUUUGUGAUGAUGUCUUCCUCGUGUUCUACAGAGACGGGCAGCAUUGUCCGUGGCAUACAGCAAUAAAGGAUAAAAAGUAUUUUUGUAUGAAGUAGUGUGCUGC